CUUAAAUCUAUUUACAACUAAGUAAGCUCAAGACUGUGUUUGAGCUUUUUGGCAGAACGUUGCUCUUUAGUAGGCAGGUAGAUCUCUUCUUUUUAAACGAGUUUGAUUGGAAUGUACCAAGGCGUUUGCCAAUGGGUUUGGAUGUUCACGAAGUUUAGAAAUAUAUUUCUUUCUGCUGGGAAAAAGUUAAAAAGUUUUGGUUAGAUACAUGCACGUUUAGAAAUAAAUGUAAGGGAUCUCUAUCGGAUUUGCUAGCAGACUGGCCGCGCUACAAUGACUUUAACGGUUACGAAUUGGUAAGAAAAAAGCACAAAGUAUUUAUUUACAAAUUAAACAUUAUUCAAUUAUAACAGGUUGAUAUUGAUUUUAAUGACAUGCAUCCAGAUAUUGGAAACGAGUUGUUAUUAAAACUUGACAAGUUUUAUAAAGUAAUCCUUCCUGUCUUAAAUGCGGAAGUAAAAGACCAAGCCAGCCGAGAGUUACUACUUUCGAAACUCAUUUACAAAGAUUUAUCAAAUGGUAAAAAAACAUGAAAAACAAUAUUAAAAUAUUUAUAUAUUGGAUUAAUUUAUAAUUCCAGAUUCUAAAUAUUGCAUUGUGUUGUUACUGCUCCAUGCGGUUCUUCAACCACAGCGUCGGAGUAAAACCCACAAACCAACGAUUGGUGACGCUCAAUCAGAGUUUAUAAUACUAGCAACUACACCAAAUGAUAUAUUACCAAAGAUUUCGUCCAAAAUUGAGCAAUACGCGAUUGAAAAACAGCAUUUGCAGCCUUACAUCAUUGCAGUAGGUGAGGACUAUACAAGUAUAUCAGAAUUCUUUAUAUUUUGCGACGGGCUUAAGUGGAAGUGCCCCACUUUAAUGAAAUGCGUCGACUGUAUUAUUAAGUUAAGUUAUGUAUUCCAAAUUGAAUAUUCCCAUAAUAGCAAGCAAGUUUGGGUAUUUUUAGAACAAUACUUUUUUGGGCUUAAGUCUGAAGAUUUUCCUUCAGUUUCAAAUUUACUCAACAAGUUAGAUAACUAAUUUUUUAUUUUCUUUCUUUUCUUUUUAAUUGUUAAAAAUGUCCAAAUUUGCUUGCUAUUUAUGUCACAAACCCCACUUAACUUCAUGUUUACUUAUAAAUCAUUUAAAGGAAGAUCAUGGGCUUCAGUCCAUAGCAAAAUAUGUUUGCAAAGAGGAAAAUUGCAAUCAAAUAUUUCACAAUGUGUAUAGGUUUCGAAAGCACUUAGAAAAGCAUAAAACUGUGAGUUUUUCCUCGGUAAAUAAUGAUUUAGGUCAAUCUUUAGUUUCUCAAGAGCCACUUACACAAUUACAGUAUCGUGAUGAGUAUCCCCUUCCAAGUCUUGCAAACUUCAAGCAUUCAGUUCUUGAAUUUACUCUUGAACUGCACAAUCAUCCACAUUUUUCGAGAAAAGACGUUCUUAGUAUUCAAAAAUCUAUAAAAGAACGUAUUAUGGCUCCAAUAGUAGAAAUGGUUAACCCGUUGAUUCAAAAUUUUGAAAAUAAAGUCCUAUCUAAUGAAAUAUUGAGAAAUUUAUCUGAACCAUUUAAAAAUGUGGAUUCUGAGUAUAAGUUUCUUAAAGAAUUGGAAAACUUGAAGCAUUUUAAACAUCCGCAAAAAUAUGUAAUAAGCAAUGAAUUGUCUGGAAUUAUUUUAAAUAAUAAUCCGACUUUAACUAGCGCUAAAGCAGAAAUAGUAUUGAAUGACAUACCUUUUCAAAUAAAACAAUUUUUUGAAAGUGAAGGGGUAUGGGAAUCAAUUAUUGCCAAUGUUGAAAUCAUUUCAAAAUUUGCUUCAUAUUAUAAUUUUAUAAAUGGAGAUCUUUGGAAAACUGCGAAAUUCGAUGAAGGCAAGUUGACAAUACCACUUUUCUUAUACAUGGACGAUUUUGAGAUCAAUGAUCCCCUAGGCUCGAAAUCCUGCCAACAGAAAAUAUGUGGAAUUUAUUACACUUUUCCAACAAUCCCUAAUUAUCAAGCUGGUAGGCUCAUGAAUGUAUUUGUAAGCGGAUUUAUGAAAAGUUCAGAUAUAUGUGAAUAUGGUUUUAAUAUUGCCUUCACUCCACUUAUAGAUAUUUUAAAGAAAUUAUAUGUCGAUGGUUUGAGUAUUGACAUAGGUGGUCAACAUAUCCAAGUUUACAUUCGGCUUGCUCAAAUAUUAGGUGAUAACCUUGGUCUAAACACAGCUUUAGGAUACAAUAGUUCAUUUUCAUCAAAUUCAUUUUGUAGAGUAUGCAAACGCAACAAAAAUGAAACACGCAUUGAUUGUAUCGAAUAUUCCGAUUCUUUAAGAAACAAUACCAAUUAUGAACUUGAUAUUACAUUAAAUGACCCAGCUGUAAAUGGUAUAAAAUAUAACUCUGUAUUCAAUUCUCUUUCGUUUUUUCACGUCACCGAUAACAUUUCAUGUGAUAUCAUGCAUGAUUUAUUCAGUGGUGUAUGCAAAUAUAAUUUUAGUAAAAUAUUACAUUACUUUAUAUACGAAAAAAAAAUGUUCACUUUGGAAACUUUUAAUUCCCGGAAGCAAAUGUUCCAAUAUGGGCAAACAGAAAUCGGUAAUGUUUCUCCUCCUGUAAAAAAAGAGCACAUAAAGAACGCUAAUUUUAAAAUGAACGCGAAGCAAAUGCAAACUUUUUCCCACUUAGUAUUACUUAUGAUUGGCGACCUUAUCCCACCGAAUGAUUCUGUUUACAAAUUUUUAGUUCUUUUCAUUCAACUAAUUGACUAUGUGUUAUUGCCAAAUUUCGACGACGAUCUCUUAAUUAAACUUCAAGUGUUGAUUGAAGAACACAACAGGUUAUAUCAAUGUAUGUUUAAGGAUACUUUAAAACCCAAACACCACAACCUUGUACAUUACCCCACUAUUAUUAAAAAACUAGGCCCCCUAAAAUACCUAUGGUCAUUUAGAUUUGAGGCUGAACACCAAAUUCAUAAAAAAUAUGCCAGAAGUAUAACAUCCAGAAUAAAUAUUCCUUUAUCUCUGGGAAUCAAAUCAGCUAUAAGAUUUGCGAAUUCAGUUAUAACUAAUAACUUUUUUCAAGCCGAAAUUGUUUGUAAAGAACAAUGUCCUAUUACAAAAGAAAUUUACAUUUCAUCAUUAAAUUUAUCCGAUUUGAAUUCAUAUAAAAAAACAGAUUCCGUUAUUUUCCGAGGAAAAACGUUCAAAAUUGGACACAUUGUUUCAGUUACUAAAGCCAGUUUUCUUAUUUACGAAAUAUAUGGUCCGCCAAUAGAUUUUUAUGUUUUAAAUAAUGGUCUUAAAGUUAUAAGAGCUAAAAAAUAUUGGUAA